AUGGCGGACACCGCAGUUGCCUCGCCCCCUCAAGCUAUGGAGCCCACAACAUCCCCCGAAGAAUCAAAUACCCCAGACCAACAAGUCGCCAACGACGAAAAUGCCCUAGCCGUCGCCCAGCCCGCUGAGUCCGCCGUCGCGGAAGGCGCGCCGAAGAAGAAGAAGAUAAUCAGAAAGAAGCGUCGCCCAGCACGCCCGCAGGUUGAUCCUGCCACAAUCAAGUCUGAACCGCCCCCGCAAACCGGCACGAUUUUCAACAUUUGGUAUAAUAAAUGGUCCGGCGGCGACCGAGAAGACAGCUAUCUUUCAAAACAACACGCAGCAUCCCGGUGCAACAUCUCCAAAGAUAGCGGCUACACGCGUGCUGACAAAGUGCCUGGAUCGUUCUUCUGCCUUUUCUUCGCGCGCGGUGUCUGCCAUCUCGGAUCCGAUUGUCAGUAUCUGCACCGUCUACCAACCAUUCAUGACUUAUUCAGUCCGAAUGUCGACUGUUUCGGGCGAGACAAGUUCAGCGAUUACCGUGAUGAUAUGGGCGGUGUUGGGUCGUUUAUGCGGCAGAAUCGGACGCUCUACGUGGGACGGAUCCAUGUCACGGAUGAUAUUGAGGAGGUUGUUGCGCGGCACUUCUCGGAGUGGGGGGAGAUUGAGAGGAUACGUGUCUUGACCUCGAGGGGUGUUGCGUUCGUUACAUAUACUACCCUUUCGCAGGCGGAGUUUGCGAAGGAGGCUAUGGCGCAUCAGUCCCUUGAUAAUAAUGAGAUUCUUAACGUACGUUGGGCGACGGUGGAUCCGAAUCCCUUGGCUCAGAAACGUGAGGCAAGAAGAUUGGAGGAACAAGCUGCCGAGGCGGUGCGCAGGGCGUUGCCAGCGGAGUUUGUUGCGGAACUUGAAGGGAAGGACCCCGACGCACGGAAGAGGAAGAAGAUCGAGGGCAGUUUUGGGUUGCAGGGCUAUGAGCCUCCUGAUGAGGUAUGGUAUAGCCGGACGAAACAGUUAGAGGCUGCAGGAAAUGGAGAUCAAGGUCAGCUCGAAGCUCCGGAUCAACCACUCAUGCUUGAAGCUGGGUCUUCUGCUUCGGCUCCGCAAGAAUCGGAAAGCAGUGGAUUUUUUUCAAGCUCUACUGUUGCGGCAUUAAGGGGACUAGCAGGUGGAAACAUUACGACACAGGCAGCUCCUCAAGCCUCAGGAGGUCCUUUAGUCGUCUAUGGAAGUGAUGAUGACAGUGAUUAG